UAAAAGCCCGGGGACGCGUUUGUUGCCGUCGCUGAAAACAUGGCGGCGUCCGAACAACCGGUAGAACCGAGCAGCAGCAUCCCGUAUGAUGAAUUUAUGAACUUAAACUCCACACCUUUUCACAUCGGCUCCUUCCGGGACGAGUGGCUGAAAAGACUGAAGCCGGAAGACUUUUCCUUCCAGCCGGGAGACCAGAGCUCGUUUGAAGCUCGCUUCGCUGCGGUGAUGGGGGUCGGAGAGGAAACCAUGACUGAACUCAGAUCCGUCUGCAGUGUCGACUCGCUUCUUUGCCAUUCUGGAGAUCAGGAGCCCGACCCGGAAGUCGUCCCUCUGAACUCGACACUAAAGACUCUGAUGCACAGAAAAAAGCAGAACAACAAACCUCAGAAACGUACCAAAAACAGACAUGACCUCUACGUGGAUGAGCUGGACCGCCUGACUGCUGGAAGGCUACCAGAGACCGAGGCUAACCGGCUCCCUGAAGGCGAACUCAUUCUAACUAUCAAUAUCUACUUCCCCAGUACUGUGGAGAAAUUUAACCACCUCAGAGCCCACACCACGAUGCUGAUGACCGGCUCCCACACCCUGGCCGACCUCCGGGACGCCGUCUGCUGCGUCAGCGACCUGCAGGUGUGCGGCGAGUUCAGCAGCACACCGGACAUGGCGCCGGAUUUCAUGAGCAAAGAUCUUUUCAAAUCGGCCUACUUUUUCUUCGAAGGAGUUUUCUACAAUGACAUGCGCUAUCCAGAGUGCCAGGACAUCAGCAGUACGACCAUCGACUGGGCCAAAUCCCACAACUACCCGCAGUUCAGCUCGGCCAAAAUGGAGGACACGCGGUUGGUGGACCUGACGGUGAAGGUGGGGUUUCCGUACCUCUACUGUCACCAAGGCGACUGCGAACACCUCGUCAUCAUCACCGACGUCAGGCUGGCGCACCGCAGCGACUGCCUGGACACGGACCUUUACCCGCUGCUCACCCAUAAGAACCGCUUGGUGACCCAAAAGUGUUCCGUCUGCCACGUCUUCAUCGGCAGAUGGUACACCACCAGGGACCAGUUUGCGCCCAGCGACCCGUGUCUGUUCUGCGAUAAAUGUUUCCGGAUGCUGCAUUACGACAAGGAAGGGAACAAACUGGGAGACUUCCUGGCGUAUCCGUACGUGGACCGAGGCGCCUUCAACUGAUUUACGCUUCAUAAUGAAGACAGACAUGGAUUUAUUUUCCUUUUUUUGACUAAGACUUUACUUUUUACUGCUGCAUUUUGACUUCUACUGGUUUGUCUCCAGUUAGAAAUCAUUAAACUUCAGUGAGUUCAUUUAA